ACAUUAUUGGAACAGUGAGUGUCAGAAGGUGUUUACGUCCAGCUGGAGCCCCGGCCUCUCUCUCUCUCCACCUCUACUUUGACUGUGUUUUUUGGUGUGUGUGUGGGCGUGUGGUCGCCGCUGCUGGGAUAAUGACCAUGGGAGACCACGCCCCUAAUGCGCCCGUGGCUUCACUUGUAUUUCCGGUCUUAAUUCGCCCAAUAUUGGCUCAGGUGGAGCGGGAAAAUGUAGCGUCAAGUCAAACACUACGCUCUGCCUUGAGUAAAGUGGAGGCAGCACAUCCAGGAUUCACCUACGAGAUGGUCAUGGGUCUUGUUCGCAAGGCAGAUCUCACUGUAAACAUGAAUGAAUCCAUCCUCAGAUUACAAGGCUCUGUAAAUGAAUCUGAAUGUGGUGACUACAGAGUAACACGCACUGAAGAUGCUUUUCAAGAGCUAAAUAAAAAAUCAGCAAACCUCAAGCGCAUACUGUCACGCAUCCCAGAUGAGAUAACAGAUAGGAAGACUUUCUUGGAAACCAUUAAAGAAAUUGCAAGUGCAAUCAAGAAGCUGUUGGAUGCUGUGUCAGAAGUGUCUCAGUACAUACCAGGCACACAAGGCAAGCAGGCACUGGAACAUCGUAAACGUGACUUUGUAAAGCAUAGCAAGAAGUUCAGCAACACACUCAAGGAGUACUUCAAGGAGGGACAGGCCAAUGCAGUAUUUGUGAGUGCUACAUACCUCAUCCAUCAGACCAACCUCAUCAUGCUCACUGUCAAAGACAAGUGUGAAUGAGUUCUACACUGUGUGAAAUUUGGCCCAAGGGAUGCAAGAUGUUGCUUUGGUAUGUGAGGCUUGCUACAAAUCCUCCUUAAGGUAUAAAGGCAGACCAGCAGUGCAGAAAUUUCCACAGUAUUGCAGUGGCUGGGCAGCAUUAGUAGUGAGUCAUUUCUUGGAAGUGCAGUAAGUGGUGGAAAAUAUUUGGGCACAUUAAUAAUUAUCAAGAUUUUCAUAAGUCUGAAAUAUAUUAAGUGAUGAUUACUAAUAGUCAAAUCUUCAAACAUAUUUUUAUUGUGUUGGGCAUCAUGUUGUGAUGAUGGUUAACUGUGUUUAGAAAUAAUAAUGCUACCAGUUAGCCAAAAUUUUUAGCUUUUGGGUGUUAGGUGAUGAUUUAGGUUGAUGCUGUAGAGAAACUCAUGUUGGAUUUUAACUAUAUAUGCAGCUAUCAUUAUAGACUUCUUUAUGUCUGCUUGUGGUAAUAUGAAGAUAAAUAUUUAUUCUUAUGCUGAAUUGGUUAAGGACCAUACAUGGGUUUAUAAUGUGCAUAUUGUGUACAUACUGUCUUGUUGAUUCUUACUUGAUGCCUACAGUGGCCAGUACCUGGAUAGCCAAGUUUGGCAUAAUUUACUCCAGUACUUAGUGAAGUUUCACCAAUUUCUUAGCCUACAUAGUUGCUGAAGUUUGGAGAAUGUCUUGUGCAAAUAUAUCACAAGAAUUUCUUGAAGCAUUGUGUUUGGGCUCUGCAUAUUCUGAUAAGCAGUAAUUGUUGAUAUAUGUAUAUUUUCUCACAGCCAUAAAGUAUAAUAUCAGU